AUGACAAUACAGCAAGUUCUGUUACUUCUACUGCUCUGGAUGUGGCUGCUGCAUCCCUGCCGCACAGAAAUGCUGUUCAGAAGGACUCCUGAUCUCAGACCUAAAGGCUCUGUGGGACGCGCAUCAGGGAGUGACGGAAAAGCACUUCACCGCCAGAAGCGAGGCUGGAUGUGGAAUCAGUUUUUCCUUUUAGAGGAAUACACAGGAUCUGACUAUCAGUAUGUAGGCAAGCUUCAUUCUGACCAGGAUAAGGGAGAUGGAUCCCUCAAAUACAUUUUGUCAGGAGAUGGGGCUGGUACUCUUUUUAUAAUUGACGAGAAAACAGGUGACAUUCAUGCUACUCGGAGAAUUGACAGGGAGGAGAAAGCCUUUUACACCCUGCGUGCCCAAGCUAUUAACAGAAGAACUCUGAGACCAGUGGAACCUGAAUCUGAGUUUGUCAUCAAAAUCCAUGACAUCAAUGACAAUGAACCAACAUUUCCAGAAGAAAUUUAUACUGCUAGUGUUCCUGAAAUGUCAGUAGUGGGUACCUCCGUCGUGCAAGUCACAGCUACGGAUGCCGAUGACCCUUCGUAUGGUAACAGUGCCAGAAUCAUUUACAGCAUACUUCAGGGGCAGCCAUAUUUUUCUGUGGAACCAGAAACAGGCAUCAUCCGGACUGCUUUACCAAAUAUGAACAGAGAGAACAGGGAGCAGUACCAAGUGGUUAUCCAGGCAAAGGACAUGGGAGGCCAGAUGGGUGGAUUAUCAGGGACCACCACUGUGAACAUCACUUUGACUGAUGUCAAUGACAAUCCACCUCGAUUUCCCCAGAGUACCAUCCACCUCCGCAUUCCUGAGUCUUCUCCAGUCGGGACAGCUAUUGGCAGCGUCAAAGCCACAGAUGCAGACAUUGGAAAAAAUGCAGAAGUAGAGUACAGAAUUGUAGAUGGUGAUGGGACAGAUAUGUUUGACAUUGUAACGCAGAGGGACACACAGGAAGGCAUCAUUACUGUGCGGAAGCCAUUGGACUAUGAAACAAGAAGGCUUUAUACCUUGAAAGUAGAAGCUGAGAAUACCCAUGUGGAUCCACGCUUCUAUUACCUUGGGCCUUUCAAAGAUACAACUAUUGUGAAAAUUUCUGUAGAGGAUGUAGAUGAGCCUCCUGUCUUCAGUAGAUCUUCUUACCUUUUUGAGGUUCAUGAAGAUAUUGAGCUGGGGACAAUAAUAGGAACGGUAAUGGCACGAGAUCCUGAUUCAGCUUCAAGCCCUAUAAGGUUUUCUCUAGAUCGUCAUACAGAUCUAGACAGGAUAUUUAAUAUUCAUUCUGGAAAUGGAUCCAUCUAUACUUCUAAGCCACUGGAUCGUGAGAUAUCACAAUGGCACAAUCUCAGUGUUAUAGCAGCUGAAAUCAACAACCCGAAAGAUACUACCCGUGUUCCUGUUUAUGUAAGAAUUUUGGAUGUUAAUGACAAUGCCCCACAGUUUGCUGUAUUCUAUGAUACUUUUGUUUGUGAAAAUGCAAGAGCUGGACAGCUUAUCCAGACCAUAAGUGCAGUAGACAAAGAUGAUCCUCUUGGGGGACAAAAAUUUUUCUUCAGUUUAGCAGCUGUUAACCCUAAUUUCACUGUUCAGGACAAUGAAGAUAACACUGCCAGAAUUUUAACAAGAAGAAAUGGCUUUAGUCGACACGAAAUAAGUACAUACCUCUUACCAGUGGUGAUAUCAGACAAUGACUAUCCAAUCCAGAGCAGCACUGGCACACUUACCAUCCGAGUUUGUGCCUGUGACAGCCGAGGGAACAUGCAGUCCUGCAACGCAGAGGCCCUUCUCCUCCCUGCUGGCCUCAGUACAGGGGCACUGAUUGCCAUUCUCCUCUGCAUCAUCAUCCUGCUGGUUAUAGUGGUGCUGUUUGCUGCUCUGAAGAGGCAACGAAAGAAAGAGCCUUUGAUCCUGUCUAAAGAGGACAUCAGAGACAACAUUGUGAGUUAUAAUGAUGAAGGCGGUGGAGAGGAAGAUACCCAAGCCUUUGAUAUUGGCACACUGAGGAAUCCUGCAGCUAUAGAAGAUAAGAAGCUUCGACGAGACAUUAUCCCUGAAACGUUAUUUGUACCACGGAGGACUCCUUCAGCACCAGAUAACACAGAUGUGCGAGAUUUCAUUAACCAAAGGUUAAAAGAGCAUGAUACUGAUCCUUCUGCACCACCGUAUGACUCGCUUGCAACCUACGCCUACGAAGGAAAUGAUUCAAUAGCUGAAUCUUUGAGCUCCUUAGAGUCGAGUACUACUGAAGGAGACCAAAACUAUGAUUACCUCCGAGAAUGGGGCCCUCGGUUUAAUAAGCUUGCUGAAAUGUAUGGUGGAGGAGAAAGUGACAAAGACACUUCUUAACCUACAGUAGGCUACAUUCUUUGUUCCUUUGAGCGGAAGUAAUUUUACAGACACCUUCUGCACUCAACAGUAUUUAACAUUCAGGAAAAUUUUCCUGCCACUCAGCACAAUGAUUUCCUUUAGAAUUUGUUUUCAA